UCCCUCCAUCCCUCCGUCCGUUCCCCCCGGUGGGUCCCCCCGGCAUGGCCCUGGGCAAGGCGGAGCUGCAGCUGCUGGCGCCGCUGCCCUUGCCGGACCCGUUCGGCUCCCCGUUCCCGCAGUCCCCGGCGCUGGACAACUACCCCAAGCUGGAGGAGAUGCUGCUGCUGGGCGCCGGAGCCGGAGGAGGGGCCGGAGCCGGAGGAGGGGCCGGAGGAGCCGGAGGGGCGGCGGGGGCGGCGGGCAGCCCCGGCGGCGGCGGCGGCGGCGGGGGUUUCCCCCCCGCGGGCGAGGCCGGAGAGCGGCCCCUGGAGCACCUGGCCGCAGACACGUUCCCCGACAUCUCCCUGGGCGCCGAGAAGGCCCUGGCGGAGCCCGGGUACGCCAACCAGACGACGCGCCUGCCGCCCAUCACCUACACGGGCCGCUUCUCCCUGGAGCCGGCCCCCAACGGGGCCAACCCCCUGUGGCCGGAGCCCCUGUUCAGCCUGGUGAGCGGGCUGGUGAGCAUGACCAACCCGCCGGCCGCCUCGGCCUCGCCGGCGUCGUCGGCCCAGAGCCCCCCGCUCAGCUGCGCCGUCCAGUCGACGGAGAACGGCCCCAUCUACUCGGCCGCCCCGACGUUCCCGGCGGCCGGCGCGGACCUGUACCCCGAGCCCCCCGGCCCGGCCUUCCCCGCGCCCGCGGGCGGGCCCGGCGGCCUGCAGUACCCGCCGCCCCCGGCCUACCCCGGCGCCAAGGCCGGCUUCCAGGUGCCCAUGAUCCCGGACUACCUGUUCCCGCCGGGGCCGGGCCCGGGGGAGCCGGGCCCCGCGGAGCAGAAGCCGUUCGCCGGCCCCGAGGGCCGGGGCCCGCAGCUGUCGCUCACGCCCCUGUCCACCAUCAAGGCCUUCGCCACGCAGACGACGGCGGCGACGACGACGACGGGCUCUCAGGACCCCAAGCCCCUCGGGGCGGCCUAUCCGGCCCAGGCGGCCAAGCCCGGCCGCCUGCGCAAGUACCCCAACAGGCCCAGCAAGACCCCGCCCCACGAGCGGCCCUACGCCUGCCCCGUGGAGUCCUGCGACCGGCGCUUCUCCCGCUCGGACGAGCUGACCCGGCACAUCCGCAUCCACACGGGCCAGAAGCCCUUCCAGUGCCGCAUCUGCAUGCGCAACUUCAGCCGCAGCGACCACCUCACCACCCACAUCCGCACGCACACGGGCGAGAAGCCCUUCGCCUGCGACAUCUGCGGCCGCAAGUUCGCCCGCAGCGACGAGCGCAAGAGACACACAAAGAUCCACCUGCGGCAGAAGGACAAGAAGGCGGACAAGGGCCCGGCCGGCGUCGCCGCCCCGGCCCUGCCCGCCUCGCUCCCGCCCCUCUCCUACUCCUCUUCUUCCUCCUACUCCUCGUCGUCGUCGUCGUCCUCGUCCUCCUCCUCCGGCGCCUCGUACCCGUCCCCGGCCCCCACCUCCUACCCGUCCCCCGGGUCGUCGUCGUCCUAUCCGUCCCCGGCCCACAGCGGGUUCCCCUCGCCCUCCAUCGCCUCCACGUUCUCCUCCAUCGCGGCCGCCUUCCCGCCCCAGGGAGUCCCCGGCUUCGCGGCCCCGGGCCUGGCCGGCUCCUUCGGCGGUUCGACGGCCCUCUCGGACAUGGCGGCCGCCUUCUCGCCCAGGACAAUAGAGAUCUGUUAGGGGCCGCGGGAGGACUGGCGUUGGUGGGUCCCCGGGUCGGGGGCGGCGUCCCCUCCCUCCGCGUCCGACUCCUCGUCCCCGCUCCUCGCCUCCCCCCACCCCCCCUUUUAACUUCAGCUGCCUGAAAAAGCCACAGCCACGCCGAAAUCCAUCGCCUCGAUCCAAGGACCUGGGCCGCGUGGCCUCCGGAUAGACGGUCUCCUCCUGAUUUCCACCCCCUCCCCCUUUAAAACGUUAAAACCUAAAGUCGGCCGGCGGGGAGCCGGGGCCUUCGGGUCCGUCCCCCCCCCGCCGGCCUCUGUACAGCUGUCCCCGUGCCAGAGAUUUUGUUCUCCUUGGGGUACUCUCGAUGUGACGACGACUGGCCAGUUCACGUCGUAUCGUUCGGAGUCAGGGCCUCAUUUUGUAUAAAAAAGAAAACGAAACCCGCGGCGAUUCCGUUUUGGCGACUACGCUUGGCCACGUUUGAAACUUCUCGCUGAAACAGCACUUCUAGAUAUUAACCCAAGCAUGUGUCAGAGUGAUGUCCCGUUCACUUAUUUUGUAAAUACCAACUGACCGUACUCUCACAUGUGGCAAAAAAAAAAAGUUUUUUGGAGGUUUGUUUGGUUUGGUUUUCGUCGUUCCUUUCGGUUUGAAGAAGUUCCACGUCUUGGUGCCUUUUUGUGACGCCUCUGGCUGCCGCCUUGACACAUGGUUUCUGUGUGGGACGUGCCUGAUUCUGGUCUUAAGGUGGACAGAGAGACAACAGGGAGUCUUUGGGGGGAGGAGGAGGAGAAGGAGGUUGGGAGGUUGAAAGCUGUCGGCUUCGUUUCUCCAGAAUGUAAGCAAAAAAACAAAACGAAACAAAAAAAAAAAAAAAAACAAUUAAAUCCGAACUCACAGAAGUCUAUUUUUGUAAGUGAAAAUGUAAAUUUAUAAAUACAUAUUCAGGAGUUGGAAUGUUGAAGUUGCCUACUGAGUAGGUGGCGUUUUUUUUUUUUCUUUGUAUGUUAUGAACAUGCGUUUUAUUAUUUUGUGGUCUCAUUUUUACUUUGUAAUUGUGUUUGCUUAAACAAAGUGACUGUUUGGCUUAUAAAACACAUUGAAUGC